CACAUAACCAAUCUUUUAUAUAAGAUCAAUUCAACUACUUUAUCUUUUUUUUUUCAAAUAUGGGUCCAAAUUACUUCCAAUUAUUCAUGCUAAUUGUAUUUUGUGCUUCCAUGCUACAAGUCAGUGUAGCCAAUCGGAAUUGGCAGUAUGGUUGGAACACUCCUAAACAUGGCCACCAUCGCCCUAGUCCCCCCCUCAAAAAUACUCCUAAGACGAUAGUCGUCGGAGGCUCCGCUAAAUGGACCUUCGGCUUUGACUACACCGAUUGGGCUUUCAAGAACGGUCCUCUCUACGUAAAUGAUACUCUCGUGUUCAAGUAUGAUGCACCAAAAGAUAACAGCACACAUCCUCAUAGUGUAUAUUUAGUACCAAACCUAAGAGAUUUCGUUACGUGCAACUUCACUAACUCCGUUAUGAUUGCCGAUGGAUCACAAGGAGGCGGUGAGGGGUUCGAGUUUGUAAUUAAAGAAUGGAAGCCGUACUUGUUUGCUUGCGGUGGAGGUGAUGGAAUUCAUUGCAAUCUCGGCAAGAUGAAGUUUUAUGUGCUGCCACUUCUUCGUCGUUGGCCCUAUUGAUCUGAGCUUUAACUUAAUUAUGAAUUGCAGGGAAUUUCAAUUCAUGUUUUUGCUAAUAAAUUAUUGCUGAGUUUUGUUUUGUAUUAAGCUUUUUGUUUGUUGUAAUUAGCUCGUGGUGAUUUUCGACCUCUUGAGCUAGAUAGAGAAUAUGUCGUUCAUUGUCUUCAAAUUAAGGCAAGUAUCAAUUUUAUUUGUGUACGCGUUAGAAAUAAAAAAAUGAAAAUUUUAUGUA